CGUCACAUGACGCAGCCCAUCAUGGCGGCGGCAGCGCGGCUGUCCGGGCCCGGCGCUCCGCAGGGCGGCUGCCGCGGCCGCUGUUGAGAGGCGGCGGACGGGCGGCAGGCAGGAUGUUGUUACUGAGGCCAGGGCGGCGGGUGCGGAUCAGAAGCCGGGCUGACGUCGGGGCGGAGCGACGUGUGCCGAGGAGCCGCUGAGCAGGCGAGACCGCCUGACGGACCGACGGACGGACGGGCGGACAGACGCGAGGCCCCCGAGAGCCGGCGCGGUGGGCGACAUGCCGGGGCAGCCGCCGCCGCUGCUGCUGCUGCUGCUGCUGCUGCUCCUGGCAGCCGGCGGGGCCCACUCCGCGCCACUUCCGCAGACAGGUGCAGGAGAGGCCCCUGCUGCAGAGAUCUCCCCAUCCUUCAUGGUCCUGUCUCUGUGCAGCCUGCUGCUGCUCAUUGUGCUAAUUGCCAACUGUGUGUCCUGCUGCAAGGACCCGGAAAUAGACUUUAAGGAAUUUGAAGAUAAUUUUGAUGAUGAGAUAGAUUUCACCCCACCAGCAGAAGACACCCCCUCUGUACAGUCCCCUGCAGAAGUCUUCACACUCUCAGUACCAAAUAUCUCACUACCAGCUCCGUCCGGGUUCCAGCCUUCCUCAGAAGGUUUGAAGUCUCAAGUUGCCCGCCACAGUCUAAACUAUAUACAGGAAAUUGGAAGUGGCUGGUUUGGAAAGGUACUCCUGGGAGAGAUUUACACGGGUACCAGCGUGGCACGGGUCAUAGUGAAGGAGUUGAAAGCAAGUGCGAGCCCAAAGGAGCAAGACACCUUCUUGAAAAAUGGAGAACCUUACUACAUUCUCCAGCACCCAAAUAUUCUGCAGUGUGUCGGACAGUGUGUCGAGGCCAUCCCCUACCUCCUGGUGUUUGAGUUCUGUGACUUGGGCGACCUGAAAGCCUACCUGCGCCAAGAGCACGAGCAGCUGCAGGGGGACGCCCAGACUAUGCUGCUGCAGCGGAUGGCAUGUGAGAUCGCCGCAGGACUUGCUGCCAUGCACAAGCUACACUUCCUACAUAGUGAUCUAGCCCUGCGGAAUUGUUUCCUUACCUCCGACUUAAAUGUGAAAGUGGGAGACUAUGGAAUAGGAUUCAGCAGGUACAAGGAGGAUUAUAUCGAAACAGAUGAUAAAAAAGUUUUCCCGCUGCGAUGGACCGCCCCGGAAUUAGUGACCAGCUUCCAAGACAGACUGCUCACAGCAGAUCAGACUAAAUACAGCAACAUCUGGUCCCUGGGUGUGACUCUUUGGGAGCUGUUCGACAAUGCUGCUCAGCCUUACCCCCACCUCUCCAACCUAGACGUCCUCAACCGGGUCAUUCGAGAGCGAGAUACGAAGCUCCCUAAGCCCCAGCUCGAGCAGCCUUAUUCCGACAGAUGGUACGAGGUGCUGCAGUUCUGCUGGCUGCCCCCGGACAAGAGGCCAGCCGCCGAGGACGUGCACAGGCUGCUCACCUACCUUCGGAUGCAGAGCCAGAGGGACUCAGAGGUCGACUUCGAGCAGCAGUGGAACGCGCUCAAGCCCAGCGCCCACAGCAGAGACGCCGCUUCCAGUAACGCCGCCUUCCCGAUCCUAGAUCAUUUUGCCCGGGACCGGCUCGGCCGGGAGAUGGAGGAAGUCCUCACGGUGACGGAGACGAGCCAGGGCCUGAGCUUUGAGUACGUCUGGGAGUCGGCCAGGCACGACCACUUCGACGAGCAAGGCCGGGGCCACCCGGACGAGGCCCUGUCCUACACGAGCAUCUUCUUCCCGGUGGGCGCCUUCGAGAGCUCCAUCUCGGACCCCCUGGCCGGGAGGCGGGAGGACAGCGGUCAGGACGCCCCGGCGGGGGUCCCCGGGGUGGUGCCCGUGUUCGACGCCCACAACCUCUCGGUGGGCAGCGACUACUACAUCCAGCUCGAAGAGAAGAGCGGCAGCCACCUGGAGCUGGACUACCCGCAUGACCCCGGCCGGGUGGGUGACGAGGUGCCCCCGUUUCUGACCCUCAGGAACACGGAGCUGGAAGAGUCCAGCACGGACGAAGACUUCUUCCAACACGGUGUGGACCCCAGAGAGGCCGGUGCACCUCUGGACUCACGCCCCACCUCAACCAGGGUCCCCAAGAGCCCCUUCAACGGCCUGUUUGACGACCUCGACAAGCCGGAGAUGCUGCCCGAGCACCAGAAGAUAUUCGACUCGCUGGAACUAAACGGGGUCCAGGCUGACCUGAAGCUGGCAGCCGCGCCAAGCUGCAAUCUGGACGGCCCCCAGGAAGUGGCGCUGCUCUCUUGCGCGAGGCCCCUCGAGAAAGAGAAGCCCCGCAAGCUUUUCGACCGGGACCCCCCUUGCCUGUCAAAAGACCUCAUGUGCCAGGAUGAUUUCGAUCCACUGAACCUGCGGGAACUGUCCGACAACUUCCUGUUCCUCCAAGAGAAACACCUGCUGACAGACUCUCGGGCUGGCCAGGAGUAUGAGGGUGACCUCCAUGUGGAGCCGAGAAAUGCCGGCGCCACAGAGACGGCAGAGACGCCCCCGAGGAACUCCCUGGCGGCCGAGCUGAGGGCUGCUGAGCGCACGGCCGGCUCCCCGGCGUCACUGGGCAGGGGAAACAGGGAGGCUCCACACUCGGGACUCACGCUGUCACACGGCCCGGCCGGCACCUCGCCACCAGUGUCGCCGGAGGUUCGGGGGGCCCCAGCCUCACUCAGAACCGGGGGGUCGCCUCCUAAUGGGCCCUUGGGCCCACUCCCCGAGCAGGGAGAGCCCCAGCCAGCAUGUCUGGAGGUCGGUACCCGGGAUGCUCGGCCCCAACAAGAAAUGGGUCCGGACUCGGCCACCAACCUCACCCCGGUUCCCCUGACUGGAGCCUGUGAGGGGGCCUGGGCCCCGGCCGGAAGUGACUCCCCCCUCACCCCUGAGGUUUUUGCCCGGGAGGUGAGCCCUGGGGGUUGUCCUCUGGAGUCGAGGCCCGUCCCUCAGCGUCAGCCGUUCUUGGAGGAGGAGUCUGGCGCCCGGUGGCCGCAGCAGAGCCUGGAAGCUAUGGGGACGCUGGACCAGCCGGACCCCAAAGCGCCUCCCCAAGGGGGGGGCCUGGCGUCCACUCUGUCCUCCGACUCCACCAGCCAGGACAGCCUCCUGGAAGACAGCCUGUCCACGCCUGUCGCCCCCUCGGAGCAGUCAGUGGAGACCCCCGACUCCCUGGACUCUGUGGACGUCCACGAGGUGCUGCUGGACUCACUGGAUGUGCACACGGCUCAGAAGGCCGCGCCGCCCGACAAGCCGGCAGACAGCGGAUACGAGACCGAGAACCUUGAGUCCCCUGAGUGGACCCUGCACCCCGCCCCCGACAGCGACGCGGCCGUCCCGGACACCGGUUCCAGCACACUGCCCCCCAAGCCCAUCAUCGUGAUCUCGGCCGACGCUGCCACAGUGGAUGGCCACGGAGGUGCCGAGGAGACGGCCCAGACCCCUGGCUCCCAGGGCUCCUACAGGGACUCGGCCUACUUCUCGGACAACGACUCCGAGCCCGACAAGAAGCCCGAGGGGACCCCGGGGACCCCAGCCCCAGGGACGGCGACAGACCUGCCCGCCUCGGAGCCCCUGCCCCCCCAGCGGAGCCCAGCUGCUGAGGAUGGAGGUCCGGACACCAAAAGCCUCCUGUCCACCCCCGACCCUGAACCCGCCCCGCGAGAGUCUGGUCCCCUGGAGGCCGCAGAGCCGGCUCCAAAUAGCGGUGCUGGAAGGACGACACCCCCAGGGGGAGAGCCGAGCCCCGAGCCCGGCAAGGGCAACCACCGGGAGGCGGCCGAGGAGGAGGAGGAGGCGCCCCACACGCUGGCCUCCACCGGGACCAACACCGAUGGGCUGCCGGCCUCCGCCAGCUCCUCGCUCCGUGUCGGCGGCCCCGAGGCCCCCAGGCUGAAGGAGCCGGAUGUUGAGGGCAAGUACCUGGGCAAACUUGGGGCAUCGGGCAUGCUGGAGCUGAGUGAGGACGGCACGGAUGCGGACGAGGAGGAUGAGAACAGUGAGGACUCAGAUGACGACCUGCGGGCCUUCGACCUGCACAGCCUGAGCUCCGAGUCAGAGGACGAGGACGAGCACCCCGUGCCCCUGAUCCUCAGCGAGGACGACGGCCGGCACCUGCGCAGCCUGCUCAAGCCCCCCGCCCCGGGCGACACCGGCCCGAGGGAGAGGAAGGCCGUCACCUUCUUCCACGAUGUCACCGUCUACCUGUUCGACCAGGAGACCCCGACCAAGGAGCUGGGGCAGUGCGGGUCGGAGGCCCACGGCCCCGAGCUGAGCAGCUCGACCUCAGCGGCAUCCCCCAGCCUGGGCAGGAACAUGAAUUCUGAGAGCUCGACGGACGAAGAAGGUGGAGGCUUCGAGUGGGAUGAUGACUUCUCCCCAGACCCUUUCCUGUCCAAGACCACGAGUAACCUGCUGAGCGCCAGGCCUCCCCCACAGUCAUCCAAGUACUUCUCCCCGCCGCCUCCGCCCCGAAGUGCCGAGCAGAGCUGGACGAAUGCAGCACCCUACUCCCGCUUCUCCAUCUCCCCCGCCAGCAUCGCCAGCUUCUCCCUCACACACCUCACCGACUCGGACAUCGAGCAAGGAGGAAGCAGCGAGGAUGGAGAGAAGGACUAGGUGGACGUGACGCAUGCUCAGCCCUGGGCUGCUGCCCCCCGGCCCACACACACAUUUGGCAUCCGCCGAGGGGACAGGAGAGAUUUGGCAGCCGGCCCCGUGCCCCUGAAGGCCUGACCAGGAGGCGUGUCCCUCCGGCACCGUCAGCCGUCAUGCUGCCCCAGGAGGCCGUCCCCAGGGAGUACCUGGCCAGCUCUGCACGGGGAUUGUGGGCUUGGGACCCAUCCGGUUUCCACCCGGAGUGAUCCCUGCGUCCUCGCUGUGGCCCGUGCACAGCCCCAAGGACACACGAGGGCAGUGGGCCCCAGUGAGCCAUAUUUAUUCUUUUCAAAGAAGUCACUCACUGCUCUCUGACUGCACUGUGGACAACCUUCUAGAGCCCCUGAUAUUGUACAGUCUUAAAUUAUUCAAGGAAACUGGCAGGUCAAGCUGGUGCUCACCACUAGUUUGAUUUGAUUUGAUUUUUUUCCUCCCCAUUUUUUUCAGUCUGUUUGCUCUGCAUGGUACUCGUGAAGCUUAACUAUUUUGAGUGCUACACCGUCUCUGGAAUUGUCGGCAUUGUACACAAGUGAUCAGUGAUUCUGAACGUUAGCGUUUUACACCCUUACAGGAAAGACUCUUGAUGAGUCCGAGGAGGCUGCUCUCUGCUCAGCUUGGUUGGAUGGAACACACUUCCGUCUCCUCUUGCUGAGGCUGCUUCCCUGGAGCAGGUGAAGCGUUCUCUGAGGAGCUGGAGGUUGCAGCCCCUCCCACCUUUCUAAAAGCCCUGUUAGUGAAAACCCAGAGGCCAGCUGGUGGACUUUGGGUGCAGGUUGUUAGGAUGUUGGGUGACCUGGCCCAUCUCCCUGGGGUGCCACACUCCUCUCCUCCCUGCCCCACUCUGGCCCCUUCUUCUCGAAGCUCCCCUGCUCUGCUGCAUGUCUUCAGAUUCGAGACCUCAGCCAGCGUCCCUGGACCUCACCAGAAGAGGCUCUGCGAGGGGCCGUGUGCCCCCGUGAAUCAUGCCCGGCCUGUCCAGGUGUGGCCAGUCGGUGUCACCAAGGAGACCCACUCUGUCCGUCCCUCGGCUCUGUGAGGAGGGACUCAGCCUGUACAUCCACGGUGGGGGCCUUGGGCAGCGCCCCACAGCUCCUGCACUGACCCUUCCAUCCUGCACCAAGUGCCACGUUAUCACCUGGCUUUGAAAGGAGCAGAGCAUGUUCAGUGCAGCCUCCACAUGGGCAGGAAAUGGCUGACCAUGGCAGAAGACCGGCCCCUCUCAGCCUGCGCUCCCUGCUCGGACGUCAGGAAGUUUCCGGGGUCUACAGCAGCCUCGCCUGGAGACUCAGCUGUCCCCUGUGAAGCCAUCUGUUCCAGCUGGAGCCUUGGAUCUCCUCCCCCUCGCAAGGGCCCCUCACCCCAAAUGUCUCCCGGUGCUGAUACGUCCCCCCCAGCUCCGGUGUGAUCCAGGGAUGGCUCCCCAGUCCUGGUUGGCACAUGCAACGCCCGUCACAGGAACAUGAGACCCCCACACGAGAUACCUCGCCAGUGUAUCUGUUGGCCAGAGCUCACACAGAAAACUGUGACCUUUGUUAUCAGUUCUGGCUCACUCCACUAACUCGGUACAAGCAAUAACUUUACAAAAAGGGGGAUUCGGACUGGGGAGUGUCCUCUGUCUCCUCUCACAGGCCCCUGGGCAUGGCCAUGGCAGUAGAGUGGACUGAGGGCACACAUACUGAAGGGAAAAAAAGUUCAAAAGGUUAACGGGGCAUUAGGAGGUGACAUUGCCAAAAUUUCAUAACUCUGAAUCUCUUUCUAAGGAGACUUCCUAAGUUUUCCAGAUUUAUAUGUCUACCAACCAGUCUUGCUUGAAGGAGAGUGAAAAGGUGGGUAGACCUCUUCCUCUUCAAAGUACGGGUUUCAGAAGUUUAGAUUUCAUGAUAGAAUCAAGCAGAUCUGUAAGCUCUGGUCUUCUUAUAUAGUCAGCCCAGGAUAAAUGUGUUGAUCUUCUAGGGCUGUACAGUUUUUCACUGUAAUUAAGGAGAUUGUAACAGCAUAAUUCCCAUUUUUAAUUUUAAGUCUAAUUAAUUGCCAAAAAAAAAGCAUUUUGUAUAUUGAGUUGGGGGGUUGGAGUAGUAGAUAUUACUGCGGUGUUGCAUGGUAGGGGAGAUUUUAUAUUUAUAACAAAUGUGAGUGAACAUGUCCUUUUAAAAUCUCAAGCAAUACAUGGGAAGUCAAUUCUGUAGAUUUAAACGUUCAGCCCAUAUUUGAAAUGUCAGCAUGUGCUUUGUUGUUUGAUUCAGGCUCUGUUUGGUUUUGUUUUUUAAAUAAGUUGGUUGCCAGUAGUGGGUUUUCACACGGUACUUCUCAUAAGUUGACGCAACGAAACAAAUCAGUGGGACUUUCUAGAAAUUACGGGUGAGGUUUAGAGCCCUUGGCUCACAAUGCUAUCUUCUAUCCUCCUUGGGAGUCCGUCCAAGUUGAAUCAGUCUUACUCUGGUGGAGCUUACAGGCAUUCAAAAACAACCUUUCCUCUCCUUCCUAGCUAGCUGUUUGUUGAUUUGUGCUGUCCAACGACCCUGUCAGGAGCCAGAAAGAGAAAAGGAGCAAACAGUGUCCCCUGACUCCACCUGAGUGUGGACUCAGCUAGGACAAAGACGCCGAGUGAAGCCAAAUGGCAAACUCAACAUGUGUUCUGUCUUUACAUGUCCAGGCGGCUGUUUCUAUCAAAAUGGGUCCACCUAAGACAAGCCUGUACCUCUUGCUGCCAUAAACACCUCCCAACACAACCUUCUGUGACUACUGUUUCCCACGGGGCACCGGCUGGGUGCACGGCACUGCUGCUUUCCUGAGGGGGGGGCAGCUGGGCACACAGGGAGGCAGCUCAGCUCAGCUCCCAGCCAUUCUAAAAUCCCCAAAGAAUACCGCUUAUUCAGCUCCAAACCUUGACCUCCAGUUACAGGGGCUCCAAAACAUUAUUAGCCUUAUGAGAAGUAGCCUUAAAGUAAGAAUGUGACUCAAAUCUCAGAAACAACAGUCCUAAGUCGUGAUGGGAUGGGCUAGUGGGGAAAAGAAAAAAAAAAAAAGUUUUGGCCGUUACAAAAAAAAAAAAAAACACACCACUUUAGGUUGCAAACAGAUUCUUAGGGAUAUGUUAACAGUAUUGAAUUACCAGCAGCCUGGCAUUGGAGUGGCUUGAACGUGUAGUCGUGGUUGUUCGAGCCCACACAGGUGUGGCUAGAUCUCUACCAAGCACUGGUUACAUCCACUGUUCAGUUCCAUCUGUAAGUGAGGACCCAGGGGCAGCCCCCCUGCUGGCCCCACACCCCUGCAUUGUGCAAGGCAAUAUAACAGUUUAUGAACUUUUGGUCUCGAUUGUGUACAUUUUUAAAUUGUAAGAUUUUUACUGUAUAUUGAUGCAUAGUGUGAUUCAAUAAAUUGCUUGUAAUUUAAAAACUAUUUAAUAUUCAAAAUAAAUAGUUAUAUAUUUAUAAA